CUGUUGCAGGAAAAACAGUGCUGCUCAAAUCCACGUUAGAGGUCGAUCAACAAGAUGCUAGACUUUGUGAUUUUUGUAGCAACUUUCCUUAUAGCUUUACUGACAGCCAUUAUCUACUUGUAUCCGGGAUCCAGAAGAGUUACAAGCAUACCAGGUCCAGAGCCAACAACAAAAAAGGAUGGGAACCUGUCAGAUAUUGUCCGUGCUGGGAGUCUACAUGAAUACCUUCAGGAGCUACACGAUCAGUACGGGGACAUCACCGCCUUCUGGAUGGGACAGGAACUCGUCGUCAGUAUCUGUUCUCCUGAACUCUUCAAACAGCACGCAGCCGUGUUUGAUAAACCACCUUCCUUAAAUGAGCUUUUUAAGCCACUGUUAGGAGAGAAGUCAAUUCUGUAUGCCAACAAGGCUGAGGGUAGAAAACGGAGAAAGUGUUACGAUUCUGUGCUGGCUUAUGACUACCUACAUCACUACUACCCAGCUAUACAGGAGAUUUCCGAUAACUUGGUGAAGAAAUGGUCCAGUAUAGCCAAAGACGAGCACAUACCCUUGGCUCAGUACAUGAUCGGGUUCGCUUUGAAGCUGAAGCUUGUCAACUUGUUUGGGAGUAAAUCCUUGUUAGACGAACAGAUUCGCGAAUUCAGUCAUCAUUUUGACAGUGCAUGGCAGGAAAUGGAGAGGAGGUUAAGAGAGGGUUUCCCCGAGGAAGGAAGUUCAAGAAUGAAAGCUUUUGAGGAAGCCAAGAAAAGAAUUUCGGAGCAAUUCAACAAAAUGAUAAAAAACCGAAAAAAACACAAAAAAGACCCAAAUGAAUAUUUAUUGAUUGACGCCAUACUAGACAACACAACAGAUGAGGAACAGAUCCUCUCAGAUGUCAUAACUUACGCCAUUGCGGGGCUUAACACAACAGGAUAUGCUCUAACAUGGGCAAUAUAUUUUCUGGCCAUCCAUCAGGACAUACAAGAUAAAGUCUACAAAGAGAUCAAAAAAGUUCUAGGAGAAGAAGAUGUUGACCCUAAAUCAUACAAAGAUUUAGUGUACCUACACCAGGUUAUUGACGAGACUUUAAGGUGUGCAGUUGGCCCCUGGGCCGCUAGAUUUCAGGAUUUUGACUCUGAACUUGGAGGGCAUAAAAUUCCAAAAAAUACUCCAGUGAUUCAUGCCCUUGGUGUGAGUCUGCAGAAUGAAAAGUACUACCCCGUUCCCAACAAGUUUGAUCCAGAUAGAUUUAGUCCAGAAAACUCAAAGUCCAGACCGACUCUAGCCUUCCAGCCUUUCGGAUUUGCCGGCAAAAGAAUCUGUCCAGGAUACAAAUUUGCUUAUGUUGAAGCCACAAUAGGACUUGUGACCUUGCUUAGAAAGUUCAAGGUCAAAUUGAUUGAAGGUCAGGUCGUGACCCCAGUGUAUGGCCUUAUAGCUACCCCAGGAGACGAGAUUUGGAUCAAAAUUGAGAAAAGAUAAAAUGGAGUGUAUUAAUGGUGUUUCUUCAUUUGUGUUUAGUUGAAAUUUACAACUUGAUUGUUU